AUGCUAGUACCUCUGGCCAUUCAACAAAAUACUGGCAAUACAACAAAUUAUGCAUCAAAUUUCCAAAACCCAGCAAAACCUCCCAAAAAUCCAAGCUUUACAAAUACGGUUCAUCCACCCAACACAAGAAAACUCAAACCCAUUAAUAUUUCCUGUUCAUCUUCAUCCCCGACUCGAGAAACGUCAUCAAUCUUGGAGAAUAAUGGCAAUAAUCAAGAUAAACGGAAGCUGGGAGUUGUAGUGAAGCCAAUGGAGAGACCAAGACUGGUGCUGAAAUUCAUAUGGAUGGAGAAGAACAUUGGAUUAGCGAUAGACCAAGUGAUUCCAGGAGGUCGUGGUGGGACUAUUCCUUUGAGCCCUUUCUACUUUUGGCCAAGAAAAGAUGCUUGCGAGGAGCUUAAAGUUAUGCUGGAGCGUAAACCCUGGAUUUCCAAGAAACAGAAGGUUGUUUUGCUCAGUCAAGCUGCUCAUAUCAUCAAUUUGUGGCAGCAGAGAAAUGGGUCUUGUUAG